AUGGCCUCCGUCUGCAUUUCCAACUGCAUCAACGACGCUCGACUCCCCGUCCGUCCCACCUACAUUAACCUCUACAAAUGGCCGGAAUCCGACGCCGAGUUCAUCCGAUCCGUCAGCUCUAAGCUCAAUCGAACUUCGCGUGUCGUCGAUAGCAUCUCUUGCCGUCAGAUGUACCUCAGAAGCUAUACCUUCUCUCGAGAAGAGGAGCACGUGCCGGAGACGAAGACUAAUAAGUGUUUCUCCAAAGUCGGAAUGCGCCAGAAAAUUUGUCGCCGGAAAAAGAAGAACACGGCGGCGAAAGUGGAGGCGGACGACGGCGAUGCUGAGAAAAUUAGGAAGUCUUCGAGGCUGAAGAAGGCGAAGGAACUUUCGUGCGCCGCUUUGACGUCCGUCUUCCGACGGUUGCUAUCGUGCACCGCUAAAGUCGAUGUGGCCGAUAAUGUGCGAGAGGUUCAUUAG